ACAUUUGACAUGGUGUGUGCCACUGUCACCACAUAUUCGUGCCUUAUGACUGCAAACUGAGCUGAAGCUCCAUUCAAUAUUCAUGCCUAUUCCGAAUCUGCAGCAACACUUUCACUUUCAAUACCAAAUUAUGUCUUCAUACAUGUCAAGUGUUGCAACUUUGCUAUUGUUGCAUGUCAUUAUUGGCUUGCUUCUAGUUUCAAAUUUGGCCUCUGCUUCAGGCCUAAAUGCCACAAAUGGACACACAAAACAUAGGGCUGAGGUGAUCUAUGCUCACAAUGGAGCUGUUGCCACCGAUGACCGUAGAUGCUCAAGGAUUGGGUUGAAAAUUCUCCGUGAAGGAGGGCAUGCUGUGGAUGCUGCAGUGGCUGCUUCCCUUUGUUUAGGGGUUGUGAGUCCUGCCUCAAGUGGCCUUGGAGGUGGUGCCUUUAUGCUUAUCAGGUUGGCUAAUGGGUUUGCUAAGGCCUAUGAUAUGAGAGAAACUGCUCCUUCUCAUGCUUCCAAGGAUAUGUAUGCUGGAAAUACUACUUUGAAGGCUGAUGGUGCCCUCUCUGUAGCAGUUCCAGGAGAACUUGCUGGGCUUCAUGAAGUGUGGAAACAACAUGGAAAGCUUCCAUGGAAAAGACUUGUAAAGCCAUCUGAGAUUCUAGCACGUAGAGGGUUUAAGAUAUCACCUUACCUCUACAUGCAGAUGGAACAAACAGAGUCAAGUAUAUUGAAAGACAAGGGUCUCAGUAGCAUAUUUGCACCAAAAGGAAAACUCUUGAAGCCAGGUGACAUGUGCUACAAUAAGAAACUUGCUGACACUCUCAGAACAAUAUCCGAGGUUGGUCCACAAGCCUUCUAUGGUGGAUUGAUUGGCCAAAAUUUAGUUAAAGAUGUUCAGAAUGCUGGAGGGAUAUUGACCAUUGAAGACCUCAAAAAGUACACUGUUAAAGAGAAGGAUCCCAUAUAUUCAGAUGUUCUUGGACUAAAGAUCCUUGGCAUGCCUCCCCCUUCAGGUGGGCCUCCAAUGAUACUACUGCUGAACAUUCUAGCUCAAUAUGAUCUUCCUUCUGGCCUUUCUGGUGCCCUUGGGGUCCAUCGAGAAAUUGAAGCUUUGAAACAUGUAUUUGCUGUGAGAAUGAAUCUUGGGGAUCCUGAUUUUGUAAAUGUAACGGGGGUUGUUUCUGAUAUGCUUUCUCCUAGGCUUGCGAAACAGUUGAAAAAAGACAUCAAUGAUAAUAAGACUUUUGGCCCCAGUCAUUAUGGUGGCAGGUGGAAUCAGAUCCAUGAUCAUGGUACAAGUCAUUUAAAUGUAAUAGAUCUUGAGCGAAAUGCCAUUUCCAUGACCAACACCAUAAAUGCAUAUUUUGGUGCAAAGAUCCUUUCACCAAGUACAGGAAUAGUACUGAACAAUGAGAUGGAUGAUUUUUCCAUUCCUAGAAAUGUUUCCAAGGAUGUUCCACCACCAGCUCCUGCCAAUUUCAUCAUGCCAGGAAAGAGGCCAUUAUCAUCCAUGUCACCCACUAUUGUCCUUAAGGAUGGGAAGCUAAAGGCUGCAGUAGGUGCGAGUGGUGGUGCUAUGAUCAUUGCUGCAACUUCAGAGGUUCUUUUAAAUCACUUCGUUAAAGGAAUGGAUCCUUUUUCUUCUAUAACAGCUACAAGGGUCUAUCACCAGCUAAUACCUAACGUGGUGAAUUAUGAGAAUUGGACAACUGUGAGUGGUGACCACUUUGAACUUCCUGCUCAUAUAAGGGAAGCCCUUAGGCGUAAGGGUCAUGUUCUAAAAGGCAUAGCCACUGGGACUAUUUCCCAAUUUAUUGUUCUAGAAACUCCUCAGUCAUCCAGUAAAAAUAAAGGGAUUGGAAAUGGAAAGCUGGUGGCAGUGAGUGAUCCAAGAAAGGGUGGUUUUCCUGCAGGCUAUUAAGACUUUAUUCUGCUUUUUUUUUUUUUUUUUUUUUUUUUU